UUCCUCUCGACUGCUGAAAUUAAACUUAACUAAACUAACUACUAAAACAUAUCAUCAUGACUUCCCCCAACCUGCCCGUGGACGUGACGUCGUCUGUCUCCCUCAGUCACCUCACCUCCUCCAUACGUUGAGAGCAACAUGAGUACCCAAAGGGUUCCCUGUGAGGUGAAGGCCGAGUCCUCUCUGUCGGCCGCUGGUUAUGAUGGCAUUAUUUUGGUGACAGACUCACUGGAUAAACUGAAAGGGUCUUUGAAUGUCCUUCUGGCUCCUCUCCAAGCUCAGGCUGCCUUUGAUGAGUCUUUGGCAAAAGAUGGCGCUUGUGUGAGUGUAAAUGUCCCAGCGAACCGUUUAGUUUAUGCACCAACUGGGCUUCUCAACCGUGACUAUGAUGAUGUGCGGAGGUUUUCAGAUGCUGCUGCUUCUGGAAUUAAGAGAGCAUUGAAAGUUGGGAUGAAACGCCCACUACUUGUUCGUGCACCAGACCAGAGCUUUCAACAUGCUGACCUUAUUACGCUACUAGGAGCUCUCCAUGCCUUGUAUGUGCCUAUUGAGGUGAGGGAAGAUGUACCCUCAAAAGCAUCAAAGGUUUCUGUACUUGGCUUCUUAGGUGACAACAAGACAGUUCAAUUGGCUCUUGCCCUGGAGAGUGGAAGAUCUGUGGCCCGUGAUAUUGGGGGAUCUGAUCCAGAGCGCAUGGCGCCACCGAGGGUUGAAGAAUAUGUGAGAAGUGUCUUCCGAGGAACAAAAGUAUCUGUUGAAGUAGUAUCAGAUGAUGCCAAACUCUGCAAAGAUUACCCAUUAUUUUCUGCUGUUAAUAGAUGUGCCAAAGGGGUGCCUCGUCACCAGGGCCGUGUGAUCUACCUGACGUACGAAGGUGCAGGACCAAUUGAGCAAACCCUCAUGCUGGUUGGGAAGGGAGUCACUUAUGACACUGGUGGAGCAGAUAUCAAGGCUGGUGGCAUCAUGGCUGGCAUGCAUAGGGAUAAGUGUGGGUCAGCUGCAGUGGCUGGAUUCAUGCAGAUUCUAACAAAGCUUCAACCUCAAAAUAUAAAGGUGAUUGGAUCAAUGGCAAUGGUACGAAACAGUGUUGGAUCAGAUUGCUAUGUAGCAGACGAGAUCAUCACUUCUCGUGCUGGAGUCCGUGUAAGAGUUGGCAACACCGAUGCAGAGGGUCGAAUGGCUAUGGCUGAUGUACUGUGCCACAUGAAGGAAAUGGCUGGCAAGGAAGUAAAUCCAUAUCUGAUGACCAUUGCAACACUCACGGGUCACUGUGUACUUGCCUAUGGGGAUUCAUACACAGCCGUAAUGGAUAAUGGCCCAGCCCAGAUUAACAGCAUGUCUCAGACCUUGCAGGCUGCUGGGGAACAAGUUGCUGAUCCCUUUGAGAUAUCAUCCAUUCGCCGAGAGGAUUAUGAUUUCCAUUGUGGGAAGAGCGAGUAUGAGGAUGUUCUGCAGUGUAACAACUUACCAUCCUCACGCACACCUCGUGGACACCAGAGUCCUUCAGCCUUCCUUGUUAUGGCUUCAGGUCUUGACAAGCAUGGCAAGGACAGUAAUCAGUCACUGAAGUACUCACACCUGGACAUUGCCGGCUCCUCAGGGCCAUUCCCUGGUAUCCCUACAGGUGCUCCUAUUCUUGCAAUGGCCAAAGCUUUCAUUCCUAGUGCCUUUUGAUUCGUAGCUAUUUGAUCAAGAUGGUACCUAUUAUAUUUUACUGAUGAUGAGUAUAUUAGUUCAUAAUCAUUGUUACUACUUAGUGGGAAUUAGAUAUGGGAUAUUACCGUACUCGGUGAUAUGAAAAGUCAUGAGAGAGCCUGUUCAGUAAGGUACCGUAUGUGAAUUAUAAGCUCUUUCCCACUACAGUACAGGGUAAAUAUUUAUUGUGGUUUCUUAGCGCUGUAAUUGAUAUCCUUAAUAUUUUUUAACCAUACUGUACUUACAUUUUCCUGAUGAUGCUAUUUAGCCUAUCAAGCUACCAAAGUGUUGUACAGCUUUAGUUUCCCUUACAUAACAACACAAAUAUUGUCUCCUAGAAUACAUCUGUGAUAUUCAGAGACCUCAUAUUCAGUCUAUUUUCAUGUAGUUAUUUUUGCUAAAGUUUUUUAAAAGCUUUUGUAUUACUGUAUUAAUGUAUUGUACUAGUCACUGUUGAUAAUAUACACUACUCAAGGAUAGUAUAUAUAGAAGUGACCAGUGAUUUUAAAAGAUAUUUAACAGUGAAAAGUGAAUAAAUGGAAAAUACCAAAUGCUGUAUAUGUAUAAUAAAUGGAGCUACAUUAUUAAUUGGUAUCUUAUAUUUCAGUAAUAAAAAAUUCAGUUGUGAA